UCAAGCUCAAUUUUUGUCCCAAAUAUGGCUUCUAAAGCUUUUACCAUCUUCUCUUUCGCUGCUAUUGUCUUCAUUUCUCUUCUUUCUCAUGCAGCUUUAGCAAAGUUUAAUGAUAAAGUAUCACCACCAUUUGAUUUCCUUAAGAAUCUUCAAGGAUGCCAUAAGGGUGAUAAGUUCAAAGGCAUCCAUGAGCUCAAAACCUACCUUGAACAUUUUGGUUACUUACACUACAAAAAUCAGUCUCAUGCCAAUGGUGAUGAUUUUGAUGAUCUAUUGGAGUCUGCUCUUAAAACAUAUCAGCUCAAUUACCAUUUGAAUGUCACUGGGUCCUUAGAUUCUCAAACUGUGUCCAAGAUGAUUAUGCCUCGAUGUGGUGUACCAGACAUCGUCAAUGGCACCACUCGUAUGGAUUCUAGCAAGAAAAACCAUCACCAUAGCUCCACCAUUCUCCAUACAGUCUCUCAUUAUACCUUCUUCCGUGGAAAUCCGAAAUGGCCAGCUUCUAAGUAUAGUCUUACCUAUGGGUUUCUUCCUCGAACCCCAGCUCGAGCUAUGGACCCUGUUGCAAAAGCUUUCCAAACAUGGGCUGCCAACACACAUUUCAAGUUUUCAAGGGUACAAGAUUAUACAACUGCCGACAUCAAAAUAGGGUUUCACAGAGGUAACCAUGGGGAUAGAAAUUCUUUUGAUGGACGUGGUGGAAUUCUUGCUCAUGCCUUUGCACCCCAAGAUGGACGAUUCCAUUAUGAUGCAGAUGAGAGAUGGGCAGUAGGUGCAAUCCAAGGUGCAUAUGACUUGGAGACUGUGGCCUUGCACGAGAUAGGACAUCUACUUGGUCUUGGGCAUAGCUCAGUGGAAGGAGCUAUUAUGUUUCCGAGUAUUUCUUCUGGGACGAUCAAGGGUCUCCAUAACGAUGACAUCCAAGGAAUUCGUACUUUAUAUAACGUUUGACUUUUUUUUCUUACAUUAAGGAUGGGAUGACCCAUCUCUCUCUUGAGCUUUUCUUUUCAAAUUUUGAAAAAUAAUGUUUUUUUUUUUCUGUUUUGAACAUUCUUAUUGUAAUAUGCAAUUACAAUAUUUUUUUCAAGUACUCAAUAAAUGAUCUACAUACCAUAGUGAUUUAUAAUAAUAAAAUUAUUGCACAUACGAACAUU